CAUCAGCUCACAUAGAUUAGUGUAGAUCAAUCAUAAUAUGUAUUUGCCAUAAAGUUAUUCUUUAAUAAGUAAAUUUAAAAAAAUUGACAUUUCUUAAUUUUUUUGAUAUUUGGAAAAUGUUUUUAGAUAUUUGGAAAGUCUUUGUUUUUGUAGUUACAACAACAUAUAUUACAGCGGAAAUACCUUCCUACAUUCAUGUCUGUGGCCGCAAGGAUCUCAACUACGAUCAAUGCAUUGCAGAAAACAUAAAAAAUGUGAAAGAUAAGAUUUGCACAGGAUUUUCAGAAUUUAACAUUCCACCAAAUGAGCCAUUGAUGUUUGAUAAAAUAGUUAUUUUUGAUACAAAUGAUCUUAAACUUUAUCUUAAAGAUACGAAUAUAUAUGGAUUUUGUGAUCUUGUUGUAAAUUCCGUUCAAGCAGACUCUGAAAGACUCCACUUCGAUGUUGAGGUUUUAUUUCGGCACCUUUACCUGAACACUACGUAUGAUUUUGAUAUACGUUUGCUGGUGCAUGUUGCGAAUAAGGGACGGAUUGAGUCUGUUACAGAAAACGUAAGAAUGAAGACAGGAAUAGAUUUAAAAACGAUAACCAAAAAUGGCAAGAAACAUAUAUUUAGUUCGAAAGUAAACAGCGUUCUCCACAUAAAAUCAUUUACAUAUAAGUUUAAUGACGACAGCAAAGAAUUAACUCAAUUGCAUACAAUUUUGAACGAUGUCAUACUCAACAAUGAAAAAGAAGUUAUUUAUGCUAUGCAAUCAGUAAUAGAAGAGAAAGUUUCCAAAAUAAUAAUAUCAAUUUUCAACAAUAUAGCCCGUUUCAAUAGUUACGAGCAACUAUUUCCAGUAGAAACAUGAAUUGUCUGGAAUUUUGGGAAUCAUUAUGUUAUCGUACUUGUUUGUAUACUCUAUUUUGUUAAUAACUCUUAAUUAAACAAUGGUUGGCGAUUAAAAUCCUUUCAAGAUUAUUCAGAGUCAUGGUUUUUACAAUAUUUAAAUAAAUCAAAAUUAAUGUUAUCAA